AUGUCUGAAAACACGGAGCAGCGAAUCUGUAUCAAUUUUUGCUUUAAGCUCGGUAAAACGGGCACCGAAACCUGCGAGAUGAUGAAAACAGCAAUUGGAGAUGAGGCGAUGAGUCGUGCUCUGGUUUUCGAGUGGUUCCGGCGAUUCAAGGAGAGUUGGAAAUCAGUGGGCAGUGAUCCCCGUUCUGGACGCCCGUCCAACUCUCGCAAUGAGAACAAGAUUGCACAAGUGCAGGCUGUGGUGCGCUCUGAUCAUCAUUUAACGGUCCGAGAAAUUGCACAGGAGUGUGGCGUUUCCAUAGGAUCAUGUGAUGAAAUUUUGAGAAAGGACUUGAACAUGCGCCGAGUGUCUGCAAAGCUUGUGCCGCGUCUCCGCACUGAGGAUCAGCAAUUUUAA